AACAUUUAUAGUUAAACCCUUUCAAAUUCUUAGCUAUUGAGAGAUUUUCUUUCUAUGAUAUGAAUUGAUUUUCCUUAUAAGAUAUAUGAUAUGAACAGCCUUUCAUCAUUCUCACAAUCUCUUUUAUUUCAUUCAGUUUCUAUUGUUAUUCUCCAUUGGUUUUAUGUCUUCUCUUCCAUCUUGGGUUGAUUUUCUUUUCACAUAAAUUUUGUUAACUUUCAAGAAAAUUAGGGUUUUUUUAAUAAGUUCUUGGUGGAUACCAUAUUUGUCAUUUAAACUUACUGAUCCAAUGUCGAAUGUUCCGGGGAUGAUGAGCUCCGGGUCCGAACCCGAUGCUCAAGGCGUUAACGUGGACGAGAAAAAACGAAAGAGGAUGAUAUCGAACCGAGAAUCAGCCCGACGAUCACGGAUGAAGAAGCAAAAGCUUUUGGAAGAUUUGGUCACGGAAGUUGCUUUGUUGAAGGUUCAAAUUCAUAAAAACACUAACAAAUAUGAAGCUUUGAUGCAAAAGAUUGUGGUUUUGGAAUCAGAAAACAAUGCUUUGAAGGUUCAACAAAUGGAAUUGGCUCAAUACUUAAAAAACCUUCAACUGAUGCAAACUCAAAUGGAAUUGUUGGAAUUCAAUUUGAUGAAUCAGCCUGGAAGAACCCUUUGUGACAUAAUUGUGGACAUUAAUGAACCCCCAAAAGUUCAGUCUUGGCAAUGCCAUGGUUCAAAUCAGCCUGCAAUUAUGGCCUCUACUGAAAUGUUGAACUAUUGAUGUAUACAGAAAAAAAAAAAAAAGAGUGAUAAUGUUAAUGGGUUUCUUGGGAAUGUUUGAUUUUUUGCAUUUUGUAAAAACAUGGAAUAAAUAAAUUGUUUAUGAGUGUGUUAAA